CAAUGUUCUCGUCAAACUGUCUCUCAAACAACCACCAUUUGGACUAAAACAACCUGAGACGGAAAUCGCCGCUGUCUCCUCCGAAUCGCCAAGGAUACCUUACAGGCCCCGGAUCCUACAACUCGGCCGGCGCAUAUCACGACUCGUAGCGCCUAUCAGCAAAGGCAAAAAAUCGGACCACGGUCGCUUGCAGAGCUUUUGCAGAGCUUGUGACUGCCCCUGCUCGAUACCACUGCACUGCACUUCGUCCUUCCUCUUCUGUCUGCAGCGAGAAAAGGAAACGGAAGCGCGCCAAGCCCAGUCUCGCGGCCAACAGCCCCAACUUCCAAUAACCCGGCUUCUUCCUCUCCUCUACAUCCACCCAAGAGUGUCUCGUAGCUCAUCCGCAACCGACUCUGGUGGCAACUUUCGAAAAUUAUGUCGAUAGCCCCCCGAACGGCACAACAUUUUCGUGGUGCCUCCUCCCGUUCCAAUGGCUUGCUAGCAGCACGCUCUCUGACGGUAGGCCUUGCUCGCGCCCUGUUUAUGGGCAUUUCAAGCGUCACAGCUGCACCGAUACCUCUAGGCAUUCUUGAACAUGGACGUUCCGAGGAGCCAGAAGAGGGCGCCGGCCUUUGGGUCCUCUAUGUGGUCUCAGCUGUCUUGGUCCUCGUCGGAGGAGCCUUUGCCGGCUUGACGAUAGCUCUUAUGGGCCAGGAUGGUAUCUACCUCCAAGUACUCGCCAGAGACUUGACCGAACCACAACAAAAGAACGCGAAACGAGUGUACGAUCUACUACAGCGUGGCAAGCACUGGGUCCUGGUUACCCUGCUAUUGUCCAAUGUCAUUGUCAAUGAAACACUCCCCGUUGUUUUGGACCGUUGCCUCGGCGGUGGUGUUGCCGCUGUCAUCGGUUCUACUGUCUUGAUUGUCAUCUUCGGUGAGGUCAUUCCCCAGUCGCUAUGCGUUCGAUACGGCCUGCCGAUCGGUGGCUACAUGGCCAAGCCCGUCCUCUUGCUCAUGUACCUGACUGCCCCCGUCUCCUACCCGAUUGCAAAGCUUCUCGACAAGCUCCUUGGAGAGGACCACGGAACCGUCUACAAGAAGAGUGGUCUCAAGACUUUGGUCACUCUACACAAGAACCUCGGCGAUGUUUCGGAACGUCUCAACCAGGAUGAAGUCACCAUCAUCAGUGCGGUACUCGACUUGAAGGAAAAGCCGGUCGCCAAUGUCAUGACCCCCAUGGAGGACGUUUUUGUCAUGGCAGAGGACACUGUUCUGGAUGAGAAGACCAUGGAUAUGAUCUUGUCAGCCGGCUACUCGAGAAUCCCCAUCCAUGAAACCGGCAAUCCUACAAAUUUCGUCGGCAUGCUGCUUGUCAAGAUUCUGAUCACCUACGACCCCGAAGACUGCAAGAGAGUCAAGGACUUCCCCUUGGCCACUCUCCCCGAGACCCGCCCCGAAACCAGCUGUUUAGACAUUGUCAACUUCUUCCAGGAGGGCAAGUCCCACAUGGUUCUUGUUUCGGAAUAUCCCGGAGAAGAUCACGGCGCCCUUGGUGUGGUCACCCUUGAGGAUGUGAUCGAGGAACUGAUCGGAGAGGAAAUCAUUGACGAAUCGGAUGUUUAUAUCGACGUCCACAAGGCCAUUCGCCGGUUGACUCCUGCACCCAAGGCCAGAAUUACACGUCGUGCCUCCGAGGAUAUUAUCGGCAAGACGAUGAGCAGGGGUCAUGAUGAUGUCGCCGGUUCGAGUAAGACAAACGGUGUUGAUAUUCCACCAUCAAAGAUUGUUGAGCCGCUUACCGGUGCGGGCAGCACUGUCUCUGAAGCGGCCCACCUUAUCAACGAGCGGGAUCCCAAGCAGACUACUUUCAUGAUGCGGAGAAGCUCCGCUGGGGUCGAUGGCCAGAUGGUGAACACUACGGUUCCGGUCCGCGCCAAUCUCGAAGAACUGAGGCAGCACUUGAAACACCUAGGACCCUCCAACCCGGCUAUUAAUCCCAAGAACACUCGCUCGACUACAGUGAAGAUCAAGCCGGGGAUCGCGGGACAUCUUUCUCAAGCACGUGCUGCAUCGAUUGCCGAUUCGAGCGCCGUUGCCGAGACUCCCUUUGAAGACGACGAAACCACCAGCCUCCUCAGACCUCAGCAAUCAACCGCAAAGGACGGUAUUCAAGCUUUGACGCAGAGCUACGGUGGUGUUAGCCCUGCUACCGCGCAGCUCAUCUCUCCAGCAGAGAGUGCCAUAACGGCAGUACCUAUCAGUGUGGACAACUCGGACGGCAACCAGGAUACAGUCGACAAGUCAACGCAGACGCCCCCGAGGCAGCAGCAAAAUGCGGCCACGGAUACGGCCGGCGGGUUGUCUGGCCAUCGAUCGAGCGGUAGUAGCGUCGCCAGCUUGCGCGACAGCGGCCUCUUGCCCCCUAGGCGUGGAAUUGUUCGCAGUGGAAGUAUAACGGAGAACAUUAUCGAGACACGAGGUGUCAGAAAGGUGGUUUUGGAGACCAACAGCUCCAACGACGAGGAGGAAUAUGCCAUCACGACAACCUCCCCCGAUCACGGCCGCGGCACCAAGGUGACUUUAUCGAUAGCCCAGCCAUCCGCCAGGUCGGAGACAGGUGACGAGAGUCAGGGCCUGAUGUCGCCUACGACGGGCGAUGAAGGACACCAGUCGGGAGAUAAGGGGGAUGAAUCUGCCAAGACCAACGGUGGCGGACAGAGCAGUAGUCAUGGGAAGAAGCACAAAAGCAAAAAGAAGAAGCGCAAGGGCGGCAAAUCUUAGGUCGAUGGGCUGCUUGAGCUGAUUCCUUCGGAGAGUGUGGCAUAGUAUGAGCUACCUACGGAAACAGAUGAAGAAGGUUUUUAUGGAAAUUAUGUUUGGGGAAAACGAGGACAAUGGGUAUAGGAAAAUGAGGGAAUUAGCGAAAUCGGUCAGGAAACGAACGAGAAGAGCGAUGACGGUCUGAACGAAGCAUUGUAUUGUAUUGAUGAAGUACAGUAACUGAGGAUUUGGUUUCUCUUUCUUCUUGUUGUUUGUCGGUGUCGGUGGCAUGGAGUCUUAGCAUGAAGCAUGGAUAUUUCUGGCUGUCGGCCCUGAUUGUUAUUAUUUUAGGAUCAUAGUCAUCAGUAUCAUCAUUGGUACACACGAUAUCAUUACUUUGGC